CAAGUAAUAGUAGGUAAACAAGUCACGAUGGAGGAGGUGGCGCGGUCCUUGGCUCAACUCUCCCUCUCCAGCGACCCCAAGAAGGAGUUGAGGCACCUCAAGACAGCUCUCUUUGGCUUGGGCUCUCCGGGUAAAACUGUAUUGCCCCGAGACAUUGACUUGAGAGCUCUAUUCGAUGCCUUUAACACCUCAGACAAUGAGCAGAUUGAGCUUGCCGUGCAUGUGAUGUCUCAGCUUCUGCCAUGUGUCAGCCCCUUGGAGGCUAUGGAGAGGUUCAAGGCCGAGCUACUGAGGGGUUUCCUUCACCCGGCUGAGGAUGUGCGACGCCUUGUGCUCAAACAGGCUCUGCAGUGUGUGGAGAGUGAAGCAGGGGUAACGUGCCUUGCCAAUGACUCUGAGAUGCUGCACUUGGUUCUCAAGAGUGUAGGGGACAAAUGCCUUGGUGUGGUGAAGCUUGCUAGCAGCGUGGUGGUCAAGAUGUGCCACCAACCUGUCGGCCUCACUGCUGUCUUCUGCGGUGCUGGGCUUGCUGUCAUACAGGAGAUGGUGGCACAGAGAGAUACAACCAGGUUCAAUGUGUAUGAGCUUGUGGUGGAGGUUGGCUUACUGGGGUCAGCAGCUCUCAGUGUGGCAGUGAAUACAGGGCUGCUGGACCGUCUGCUGUCAGAGGUCACUACGGGGGACGGUCUGACUCAGUUGACGGCCCUGCAGCUGCUGAUCCCCUUGGCGUUAACCCCCGGAGGGAGGGCACUAUUGGAUGAGGGUGUCACAGCGAGGCUGAUGUAUCUGCUGUCAUUGGCCAAGAGUGAUCCCAUCGCCAGGCUGCUUACACAUGGUCUUCUUGAGUUCCUGGGCAACAUAGGGCAGGCACGACCCCAGCAGACACUGGAGGAGCACGGAGCAGUGGCCCUCAUGGUGUUGCAGCUUGCAGCAGGCCACCUCGACCUGGAUGGUGAUCCUUCUCUGCAGGCGUCAGCCCUCCGAGCAGUGGCACACAUUGGCACCUCAGUGGAGGGCAAGCUGGCCUUAUCCAAGUGCAAACAUGAGAUGGACCAGGUGUUGGAGACCCUGGGUACAGAAGCAGUGCGGGGUCCCACCAACCUCAAGGUUCUCUCUCUUGAAGUCUUGAAGCAGCUCUUCCAUCUAGAGCCACAGGAAUUGAGGGAGGAGGUGGUGCUGCUGCUAGAGUUGUGGUGGGCCAACACUCUGAACUUCAGUGAAGUGUUCAAGCUUGCCCGCCUGCCAUUCACAGACAUCCACACGGCAGCCCUCAGGUUGCUCACCUCCCUAGCACACCUCCCUUGGGGCCAGCGCUUCAUUUGUGGGGAGCCAGGCAUGGUGGAGUACAUUCUGAACCGCACCACAGAAACAGAUAAGGAGGGCAUGGAGGGGAAGUGGGCAUUGGUGGAGGCCAUCGUUAAGUCCUCCUCAGCCCCAUCUAUUUUCUCAGAGGACCACAUGGCAAUGCUAGAGAAAUACUUCAGACAGGGACCUUUCUACAGCGAGGCCCAGUUGGAGGUAGCUCUAGAGGGACAGGAGUAAAAGUGGUUUGCUGGUCUCUUGUCUGUCUCUCUCCAUGAGCUGUGAAGGAGCCAGCUGUGUGAUGCAGUAUUUUCAUCUUUCUUGUCAUUAUUUAUUUGUGUACAUGCAUAUGGAACUUUAAGUUUAUUAUGUGUUUCUCUCUCUCUCUCUCUCUCUCUCUCUCUCUCUCUCUCUCUCUCUCUCUCUCUCUCUCUCUCUCUCUCUCUCUCUCUCUCUCUCUCUCUAACAUUUCCUCCACUCAGCAUUCUAUUACAGUGCCUGCAAAAAAAUGUACACACUAACGAUUUUGAACAAUCAAAAGCAAAACAACAACUUACUGGCGUAUUAUUUUCAUUUUCAUGCUACACUUAUUAUUUAGACAUGUUUCUCUUAUUUUUAAGUACACUUUGGAUCCUCCCUGGCAUUGAACUGGCUAGAUCAGUGGAGUAAGUGAUACUCAUUGUCACCCACAACUGCUUGAGGGACUUUCAUGACCGGGAUGCUUGUUGGUUGUGUCUCUGCCAGGUCGUUCUUCAUCUUGUUCCAAACAUUUUCAGUAGGGUUCAAGUCUGGGGAGUUCCCUGGCCACUCCAAAACUCUAAAAUUCUGAUCAGAAAGGAACUUUUUCACUGCCCUGGACCUGUGGGAGGGAAUGCUAAUGUACAUGAAAUAAUCACAGUCAUGUAUGUCCCAGAAUGUGAGCAUGUGCUCCCUCAAAACUUCAAUAUAAUUACUUGAUUUCAUUGUCACAUUUUUGUGGAGGAAGUACACUCCACCUUUUCCCAUUUUUCCACUGAAGGCACCCCACACCAUCAAACUGUUUGGUUGUUUUACUGUCCUGAUUGUGUACUGAGGUUGUAUCUUGACAUGUCACUGGGCCGACGGACGAUCUUGGAGCCUCCUCUGACCAACCUGAACGUGCUUUCAUCACUAAACAUGAUGUUAUGCCACUGCCCUUGUAUUUCUUGCAAAAUUCCAGCCUUUUCUUCAUCACCACCUCCAUGAGCAGAGGCUUCUUGGCAGUGCAUUGAGCUGACAAUUUCAGGUCUUUCUGAAGCCUAUGUUAUAUUAUUCUUAUAGCAACAUUUUUUCUGUAGAUUUGGGUGUUUGUUCUUAAGACUGAUGGAUAAAAUGGACCAUUCAGUCAUCACUUUUUGCCGUAGGUGGGGAAGUCUUCCUAGGUGCCCCAGAGCCCAUCUUUCUUGAUGGAAUGGUACCAGGGGGGUGGGUGGCAGCUUCAUGUUUAAGGUUGUAGAUUGCCCGCCUUGUCACCUUCAAAUCAUCAGCCACACAAAUAAAAGACAUUCCCUGCUCUAAUAAGGUAAGGGUCCUGGUCUUCUCUUCCAUACUAAGGUUGGUACGCCCCAUCCUGAACACCUGGAAGGCAAGUUAAAUGGUGCUAAAGUUAGUGAGAAAGUGAAAAGAGUGCACUCAGGAGCAGGAUAGAUUACUCAUCUCUCGGAGAGCUCAGGUGGCUCACUGAAGGAUGGAUUGCUAUGGAGUGGUAGUGUGAACCUGACUCAACACCACUACAUCAUCAUUUUUAGUUGCCAAGAAUACUCAAACAAAAAAUACACUAUGUCUCGUGUGUAGAUUUUUCUUGUGAAUAUUUUGUGUACAUUUUUUUCAUGGCCACUCUACUAUCUUCUGGUAUUUUGUUUUUCCCUAAUUGAUUCACUUUUUUUCUCAAUCAUUGCCAGUGUGAUAUUUCUUUAUCACUCUCUCUUUCUUAUACCUUGAAGUUUUUAUUUAUAGCUCUCAGAUGUGUUGUACCUGUCUACUUGUUUAAGAGUACUCUUCUUGAACAUCUACAUACAUUUUUACUGAAUUGAUGGCUACUUACCACCUUCUAUCACUCAUUUGGUAGGAAACACUUAGGGCAUUUGCUUAAUGUAUACCAUUGAUUUGGCAUUGGUAAGUUAUUCAUAUACACUCAGAUCACUUCUAAUUUACAAUAUUUUAAUGUGAAUUGCAUCUGAUGUAAGGAUCAGUUUCCUCCCAGGUCAUAAGUACUUUAACCCCUUCAGUACCAUGAUGUGUUUCCAUAUUCAUUCUACUUAUUGUUUGGUGAUUUUAUACAGCUUCAGGAACUCAUAUGAGGAAUUAAGAUAGUGAAGACUGUGGCCAUUAAUCUUCUGACCUCUAUAGACCAUUUCUAAUGUGAAUAAAAUGGUCUAAUCGUACACAAAUCUCAAGGCAAAAAUGCGUCCCAGUACUGAAGGGGUUAAUGUUGAGAACUUAGCCAAUAUGAGAAUGGGCCACAAUUUAUAAAAAAUUCUGUAACACAAAUGUCAGGGGAGGAGUGCACUGUUGCCACCAACCACACCAUCUACAAUGAUGUUAAUUUAAUGAGGAAAAGGGACACAAUAUACAGUGAGCGUUUGUCAGCUGUGUAUAUAAACAAUAGCUCUGUGUGGGUUUUUGAUGAUUUCUACCAUACCGUACUGGUAUUUAUGAACUCAUGUAUUUAUUACCUAUAGUUAAUUUGCAGAAAGAAAAAUGAAUGUUGUAGCUAGUUCAGAAAUCUUUUAUUUAAAACUUUGAGGGCAGGUUUCAGUUGUCAGAAAAAAGAUAAUUUUCUGUUACUGCUUUCAAUGCAAAUGGUUUUAACAGUGGUCAAUACUAGAAUUGAACUUUACCAGCAAUUCAGGUAAUUAUUUAGCUAUUUAUGUUAGUUGUAUUCCAAAUAAAGAAGCACGUUUUCAUGCAUCACAGUAAUGAGUAAUACAUCCCCUGAAUAAACCUGUCAAGCUUG